AUGGUUCUAGCUUUAAAUCGUUGUAUCGAAAUGUAUGACCAUCAACUGGCAGAAAAAAUAUUUUCGGGAAAUAAAAUUUAUUAUUGGAUAAUAUCUUCAUUAAUUUACGGAUUUAUUUUGGGGUUUUUCACAAUUCCUCCAAUGCCAAAUGGAUUGUUAGUUGGCUGGUUUUGGAAUCCACAUAUUGUUUAUUUUCAAGAUUUGGAAGGAGUGGUAAAUGAGAAACUUUGAUUAAUUUUCUAAAUUUUUAUUUUUUUAUUAUCACAAUAUUCUUUUUACUGGACAUAAUAUUUAUAUUGGGUUUGGAUUGCCAAUUAUUUAUGCAACUUUUUAUAUUUUAAUGUAUAGAAAAAUGAAAUUAGUUGGGAAUGUUCAACAAAGUGCAGAACAACGAAAAAGUAAAGUUAAUGUAAGUU